AUGCAUACGGGAACCACGUUAUCACUUAUCCAAAUACUCGAAAAGACAAUAUCUCCAGAUCGAAGUGAAUUAGAAGCAGCUGAGAAAUACCUUAAUCAUGCAGCCCUUACGAAUUUCACGACAUUCAUCAAAAUGUUAUCAGAUGUACUGGUACAAGGUGGAAAUAGUCAAGUGGCGCGAAUGGCUGCUGGCUUACAGUUAAAGAACCACCUUACAUCUAAAGAUCCCAUUUUAAAGCAUGAAUACCAGCAAAGAUGGCUAGCAUUGCCUGAAGACAUAAGAUUCUACAUUAAAAAGAAUAUCCUAACAGCCAUAGGAACUGAGAACAGUAGACCCAGUUCUGCAGCCCAGUGUGUAGCUUAUGUGGCUGUUGCUGAGCUACCUAUGGGCCAAUGGAAUGACCUCAUACCCAUUCUUGUAGAAAAUGUAGUAAAUGCACAAUCAACUGAACUGAAAAAAGAAGCUACCCUUGAGGCUAUUGGUUACAUUUGUCAAGAAAUUGAUGCAGAAGUUCUAACUGAGCAAAGUAAUCCAAUUUUAACUGCCAUUAUACAUGGAAUGAGAUCCACUGAGCCAAGUAACCAUGUUCGACUAGCUGCAACACAGGCCCUACUUAAUUCAUUAGAAUUUACUAAAGCUAACUUUGACAAGGAAAAUGAACGCAACUUUAUUAUGGAAGUAGUGUGUGAAUCUACUCAGUCCAGUGACAUGAGAAUAAGUGUAGCGGCACUACAAUGCUUAGUUAAAAUAUUGUCAUUGUAUUACCAAUAUAUGGAGCCCUACAUGGGUCAAGCUUUGUUCCCCAUAACAUUAGAAGCAAUGAAGUCAGAUAUUGAUGAGAUUUCUCUACAAGGAAUUGAGUUCUGGUCCAAUGUUAGUGAUGAAGAAAUUGACCUUGCCAUAGAAGAAGCAGAAGCUGCAGAAGUUGGUAGACCACCAGCAAGAACGUCUCGAUUCUACGCUAGAGGAGCACUGCAGUACAUAGCACCUGUCCUCAUGCAAAAACUGACCAAACAAGAUGACUCUGAUGAUGAACUUGAAUGGAAUCCAUCCAAAGCAGCUUCAGUUUGCCUAAUGUUGCUCUCUAAUUGUUGUGAAGAUGAAAUUGUACCACAUGUUUUACCAUUUAUUAACAGUAAUAUUAAAAAUGAAAAUUGGAGAUUCAGAGAGGCUGCUCUAAUGGCUUUUGGCUCUAUUUUGGGUGGACUUGAGUCCAAUACUCUUAAGCCACUUGUGGAGAACGCAAUGCCAACAUUAAUUGAAGCUAUGUAUGACUCUAGUGUAGCAGUAAGAGACACAGCUGCAUGGACAUUUGGCAGGAUCUGUGAAAUUGUACCAGAAGCUGCAAUCAAUGAUCAAUACUUGAAACCACUUCUAGAGAGUCUUGUAAAUGGUCUGAAAGCUGAACCAAGAGUUGCUGCAAAUGUCUGUUGGGCUUUUACUGGAUUAGCUGAAGCCGCUUACGAAGCGGCCGAUUGUGCUGAUUCCAGUCAACCUAAAACAUACUGCAUGUCAACUUAUUUUGAUUUCAUUAUAGAACGUCUCUUAGAAACCACAGACCGUCAAGACGCCGCCCAGCAUAACUUGCGCUCAGCUGCUUACGAAGCUCUAAUGGAGAUGGUGAAAAAUUCGCCAACCGAUUGCUACGUGACUGUUCAGAAAACAACUAUGGUUAUACUGGAAAGACUACAACAAGUUCUACAAAUGGAAAACCAUAUAUCUAGUCAAGCAGAUCGUUCCCAGUUUAAUGAUCUGCAAAGUCUUUUAUGUGCGACUCUACAGUCUGUCUUACGAAAAGUGACUCCGGAAGAUGCACCUCAAAUAUCAGAUGCAAUUAUGACAGCUCUUUUAACCAUGUUUGCUGGAAACGCUGGAAAGGCAGGUGGCGUACAGGAAGAUGCACUUAUGGCAGUGUCUACACUAGUAGAAGUGUUAGGUGAAGGUUUUCUUAAGUAUAUGGAUGCUUUCAAGCAAUAUCUAUAUGUUGGUCUUAAAAAUCAUCAAGAGUAUCAGGUGUGCAUUGCAGCAGUAGGUCUCACUGGUGACAUUUGUCGAGCACUCAAGAGUAAGGUGCUACCAUAUUGUGAUGAGAUUAUUUUCUUGUUACUUGAGAACUUAAGUGAUCCAUCUAUCCAUCGCUCAGUAAAACCGCAAAUAUUGUCUGUUUUUGGGGAUAUUGCAUUGAGUAUUGGCCCUGACUUUAAAAAAUACUUUGAUGUAGUUAUGCAAAUGUUGCUGCAGGCCAGCAAUAUCCAAGUAGAUCGUAAUGAUUAUGAUAUGCUAGAGUAUCUAGGAGAGCUUCGAGAAAGUAUACUCGAAGCAUAUACUGGAAUUAUUCAAGGGUUAAAAGGACUUGGUGGGGAGCAGGUGCGCCCUGAUGUAGCUCUCAUGGAGCCGCAUGUGCCAGCGAUAGUAAACUUCAUGAUGCAAGUCGCUUCUGAACCGGAACGCACAGACGGCCACAUGUCCGUGAUUGCCGGUCUCACGGGCGACCUUUGCACUGUCUUCGGCCAACGGGUGCUUCCACUCCUGGAGACCAAAACUCUUGGAGAGUUGUUGCAAGCAGCUCGCAAAUCUCGCACGCCGCGUACCAAGACCCUCGCUAACUGGGCUACCAAGGAAAUACGCAAGCUCAAGCUACAAACGCCGCUUACUAGCUGAUUUGAAAUAUCAUGGAGCAAUAGUGAUUCGUCGCCUUUAUUUAUAAUUGAAACAAUGAAACCACAAUACAAAAUCGCUGAUGAAAAGCUGGCUGAACUUGGCCGGAAUGAAAUCAUGAUGGCUGAAAAAGAAAUGCCAGGGCUAAUGGCCUGUAGGCAAAAAUAUGCACCAGUCAAGAUUUUAAAGGGUGCCAGAAUAGCUGGUAGUCUUCAUAUGACAGUACAGACAGCAGUACUGAUUGAGACUCUUGUUGAAUUAGGUGCAGAAAUACAAUGGUCUAGCAGCAAUGUGUUCAGCACACAAGAUGAAGCUGCAGCUGCCCUGGUAGCAAGAGGUUUGCCUAUCUAUGCUUGGAAGGGAGAGACGCAAGAGGAAUAUAUGUGGUGUAUAGAACAAACUCUUAUUUUUUCUGAUGGAAAGCCUUUAAAUAUGAUUUUGGAUGAUGGAGGAGACUUGACAAAGCUUGUACAUACAAAGUAUCCACAUCUUUUGGAGGGCAUUAGGGGUAUCAGCGAAGAGACAACAACUGGUGUUCACAAUCUGUACAAAAUGUUCCGUGAAGGAGUUCUAAAACUGCCUGCUAUAAAUGUCAAUGAUUCGGUCACUAAAAGUAAAUUUGACAAUUUAUAUGGCUGCAGAGAAUCUCUGCUCGAUGGUAUUAAAAGAGCAACUGACAUGAUGAUUGCUGGUAAAGUAUGCGUCGUAGGUGGAUAUGGUGAUGUUGGUAAAGGCUGUGCACAGGCUUUUAAAGGAUUCGGAGGGAGAGUGAUUGUCACUGAAAUUGAUCCAAUUAAUGCUUUACAAGCUGCUAUGGAAGGUUUUCAAGUAACAACAAUGGACGAAGCAGCUGAAGUUGGACAAAUAUUUGUCACUACAACUGGAAACAUUGAUAUUAUCACUAAGGAACAUUUCUUUAAAAUGAAAGAUGAUGUAAUUCUCUGUAACAUUGGUCAUUUUGAUUGUGAAAUAGAUGUUGCUUGGUUAGACAAGAAUGCCAAAAAAGUCAACCUUAAACCACAUGUUGAUCGUUAUGAACUGGAUAAUGGAAAUCAUUUGAUUGUGUUAGCAGCAGGAAGGCUUGUUAAUUUGGGCUGUGCUACUGGCCAUUCAUCGUUUGUCAUGUCCAAUUCUUUCACAAACCAAGUGUUGGCUCAAAUUGAAUUGUGGACUAAACACAACACAUACCCAGUUGGAGUUCAUACUCUCCCUAAGAAAUUGGAUGAGGAAGUGGCAGCUCUUCACUUGGAUCACCUAGGAGUUAAACUCACUAAGUUGACACCAAAACAAGCAAAAUACAUAGGUGUAGCAAUUGAAGGUCCAUACAAACCUGUUCACUACAGAUACUAA